UCCAUCCAUCUAUCUGUAUCGCUCUUUAUAACAAAAUCUUCCCACCACCACAUCCUCCCACCACCACAUCCUCCCACCACCACCACCACAAACAAACCAAACAAACCCACCACCCAAAAUGUCCGACGACUACCAAGUACCCACCUCAGUGCCCUCCACAAAUGCCACCCAAGCCCCAAAUCCAUACAGCGCAUCCGGGAUCCUAGGUGAUGGUCCCGCCAUCAAAUAUCUCUGCGGCGAUUGCAACGCGAGUGUUAUGUUGAAGAGAGGUGAUCCUAUUAGAUGUAAGGAGUGUGGUCAUCGAGUUUUGUACAAGGAGAGGACUUCUAGGUAUGUGUGAUUUUGCUUCUGGGGUGGGAGUCUUGAGAGGCUUUUUGGGGGAGUUGCUGAUUUUGGGUAGGAUGGUGCAGUUUGAGGCGAGAUGAUUGGGUUUAGUGGGUGGACUAUAUGUUGGGUUAGAGGAAGAUACUUCCGGGCUGGUAUAUGGAGGGACGUAGAGAUAUGGAGGGGGAUUGCGAAAUGAGGGGAUUACGAAAUGAGGGGAUCGGGAAACGAAGAGAUCUAGGAGACGAUUGGGAAAUGUUGAUACGAUUUUUGAUAAGGUGGUAAUGGGUACGGUACGAGACAUAUCUCGAGGCGCAUCGGAAUAAAAAGAUUGUCACUACUCAAUUGCCGGCGUAUGAUAGAGGGCCAGGGCAGAAAU